AGUGCCUUUGUCAUAAUGCACCUUCAACACCGCAUUAUUUCUAACACAAGCGUUUCCCGUGCUCUUCCGAAUUUACUGUUAUUCUGAUAUUUCCAUGAAGCGCUUAACAAUAUUCGUUGCCUUUAUUGUGUUUUUGUUCUCCACCGGAGUGAGUGGAACAUACCCUUAUGCUUUCAUUGAAAUGGAUCGUAAGUGCGGUCAGACCGUGGAGCUCGGCUGUCCACCAUAUUCCCAUUCCGUAGUUUCCACAAGCGCCGGAACAUUGCGCUACAAUCCUGUUCCGACUGGAAAUUGCACCGUUAACAUCGUCACCACCAUCGCCGCCGGCAACUGCAGCACGACGCCCACGUGGUACAUGAAUAUCAAAAAAUCGUGGCUGUCCGCGGGUGCCGCACUGCACAUCCUUCUGACAGAUAACGGCCAGGACUGGACAACAGUGAAGAGCAUCCCGGGCGGUCGCAUUCCAAUUUACCCAAAUCCUACCUCCGCGGCCCAGCUGAAAACUCGUGUCACUUCCCAUAAGACGCAGCUGAGCAUUGUGUAUAUUGGCGAUGGAAGAAAUUCCAGUUAUGAACACGAACUGCUGAUCGACUACGCCAUACUGAUUGACGACAGUAGUGCGACUGGAGUUUGGUGUUCAGCGCUGGGCGGGUACGUUCACGAAGAUAUUGCCUGUAACGGAGAGGACCGCGUCACGUGUCCCGAAAAUUACGACGAAGUGGUGGAUCGCAAUCCAGCCUACGAUUUCGGCGCUUGCGGUCUGGACGGUUUUGAUAUCUUCGGCAUCGUUGUCGGCUGCGCAUUUGGUCUGCUGUUUCUUGGCCUUGGCUUAACAUGCUGGUACUGUAUAAAAAACCAGUAUUGAUUUCUCUGCCCCCAUAAUUUGUGGGAUUGGUAAUGAGAUGAAUUAGUAAGCCGAUGUUGGAUUAUUCCGCCGUAUAAUGGAUCGCGGAGCCGGGGAUUCCGAAAUAGAACGGAGCGCAGUGAAGGUCCUUUAAUUCAGCAAAAAAUAAAAAAGUGCCUUUCUGCCCGUCUGUCUGUCCCCAUGACGUCACUAGUGAUUAUCUAUCCCUUAUCACGUCACAUUGUCGUCAUUAGUACCUCUUUCGGUCAUGCUGCCCUCUUGAAUGCUUGUACUACACCACGAUAGUACUUACUACUUACCGUACAAGUAUUUCACAUUAAUACCAUGGGAUUGUUUACGCAAUACGGUUUUCUGUAAACUAUUAAUAACAUCGU